CGGCUCACAAAUGAGCUACAGAAGGCGUUUCAUCAUUCGGAAGUUGAAAAAGAGGAUUUGCAACGGUUAUUGGAUGAAGCAGAAGCCGCAGUGGAAGCUGAGGAAAUGAAAGCAGCGCGAGCUCAAACUGAAAUAAGAGAGAUACGUGCUGAAGCUGAAACAAGAAUUCAGGAGAAAGAGGAACAGUUCGAGAAUGCACGCGAAAAUUUGCAGCAUCAUUUGGAAGCCAUUCAGGUAUGCGCAGUGUUCUCCUCUGCUGAGCUAUUACCUCAUCUCAUUAUCAGUGUAGCGGUUGGCAGCUUUGCCAUUCUGAGCUAA